CGCUCCCUCACCUCGGCGGCGAUCGCCUCCCGCCCCCGCCCUCCCCUCCCCUCCCCCGCACCGCCACACGCACACGCACUCCCGGCGCUGUGUGCGAGGGCGGGCGCCGGGAGACGGGCGGCGAGCAGCGCGCCGGCAGAGGAGACCACCGCGCACACGCACACACACACAUAGACACACACACGCACACUCCCUCCCGCCCUCCCUCUGUGCCUGCUCCUUCCUCGCCCCCCGCCGCCUCCCCUGCUCCCCCCCUCCUCCUCCUUUCUCUGCAACGGGCGAGAGAGGGAGAGGGGGGAAAAAAGCCACUUACAGGUAUUUGUUUAGUGGAUCGGCGGCUUAAUUUAUCCCCCCUGCCACCCCCCCCACCUUCCCCACCGCCCCUCGCAGUUUGUUUACAAGUAUCAAAGUUGUAAUUGAGGAGCUGCCAAGGCACAUCUGGAUAUUUUUCUUCUUCUUCUUCUUCUUCUUUGUGUUAGGGACUGAUGUGCAACUAAUUAAAGGCAGACAGGCUGGUAGCGUCUGCACGCUCAAGCCCCCCCAAAUAAAGAGCCUGCUGCGGCAGCUCCCGUGAGGAUGCCGGAGGAACGGCUGCCCGGCCAGGCACCGACCGCGGGGAUGCGCCCAGAGGAGGAGGAGGAGGAUUAAGCGACCCCCCCCCCCCGUCCCUGUCCCUCUCCCCCCGGCCCCCUAUCCCCCUGUCCCGUCCCCCCCCGACCCGGCCACCAUGAACACCAACGUGUGCGUGGAGAGCGGCCCCAACCCCGAGGCGCCAGGGCUGCCCAAGGACAGCCACCUGCCCGAGGGGGCCCUCAACAGCCUUGUGGAUUACAACUCGGAGAUGGAGAGGUACCGCUCCUUCGCCACCUUCUACAAGACCAACGGCGGCGCCUUCCCCCAGGCGGCCAAGAUCGCCCGCAUCACCACCCCCAUCUUCCCCAGCGCCGCCGCCGCCGCCGCCGCCCGUAUCGGCAUGUCCCCCUGGAACUGCGACACCGCCACGGCCGCCGCCGCCACCGCCAUGCUCUGGGGCAGCGGCGGCGGCGGCGGCGCGGCGGGCGGCGCGAGGAAACCCUCCUCCUCCUCCUCCUCCGCCGCCGCCUCCGCGGCCGCCGCCGCCGCCUCCUCGCUGCACGCCGGCAGGGGCGGCAUGCACCACCGGAGCGACUCGCAGCGGCUGGGCAAGCCCGGCUGCCCGCCGGCCGAGCAGCCCGCCCUGCCCAUGGCCAACGGCAACUUCCUCUCCACGCUCGCCCCCGAGCACUGCCGGCCGCUGGCCGGCGAGUGCAUGAACAAGCUCAAGUGCGGCGCCACCGAAGCCGAGAUCAUGAACCUCCCCGACCGCGUCGGCACCUUCUCGGCCAUCCCGGCGCUGGGCGGCCUGUCCCUGCCCCCCGGGGUCAUCGUCAUGACGGCCCUACACUCCCCCGCCGCGGCCUCGGCCGCCGUCACAGACAGCGCCUUCCAGAUCGCCAACCUGGCGGACUGCCCGCAGAGCCACGCCUCGGCCUCGCCCGCCUCCGCCCUGGGAGCCGCCGCCGGCGCGGGGGGCGGUGGAGGCGGUGGCGGCGGAGGCGGAGGGGGGGCCGGCGGCACCGGCGGCGGGGCCGGGGCCGGGGCCGGGGCGGGCAACCCUGCCAAGAAGAAGCGGAAACGCUGCGGGGUGUGCGUGCCCUGCAAGCGGCUCAUCAACUGUGGAGUCUGCAGCAGUUGCAGGAACCGCAAAACGGGACACCAGAUCUGCAAAUUUAGGAAAUGUGAAGAGCUUAAGAAAAAACCGGGCACUUCGCUAGAGGUCAGAGGAGAUGAUUUCUUUUUCCCCAGCCUCCCGCCGUCCCUCCUCAACCCCCUGCCCCCGCCCCUCCAGUGCUUCUUGUCUAGCUUCAAGAUGCAGCAUCCCUUCUCCGAGGCCUCCUUCAGGCUCUGAGGGAGCUCCCGCCGCGGGCGCGGCUCCCCGCGGCGCGGCCCCGCCGCCCGCCCUUCUCCGCCCCGCAGGGAAGAGAAACGCCGCCCCCCGCGGCGCCCCGCGGAGCCGGGCCCUGGCCUCCGGCCCCGGGCCGAGGAGGGACGGUCGGGGGGCGCCGGCCCCCGCCCCGCCAGCUCGUGGCCGUUACGGGACGAUGCUAACCUGGUUUACCUGCCGUGCUGUUUCCAUAAGACUGCUGGCUCUCUCUGGUUUCUUUUUAUUAUUUUUUUUCUUUUCUCUCUCUCUCUCUUUUUUUUUUUUUUUUUUUUUUUUUUAAUUAACGGCAAUAAUGACGAUUCGGGGAGGUUUGUAGGGACGGGGAGGUGGGAAAGGGAAAGUUUUAGCAGAACGCCCGGCUCUCGCUGUCAGAAGUUCAGGGGAAAGCGAUGGCGAGUUCAUCUCCAGAUUGGCUGGUAGCAGUUUGUCCUAGACAGGCAACUGGCCAUAGAGCCUGGUAGUCGGUGAAACGUGCCCAAGUGAUUUCUUUGGCAAUGUCUUUUACGAAAUAACCUGUUCGUGGUGUAUUAAACACAAUGGAAGAAUAGCACAGGUAUGACUGAACUGAUUUCGGAGUGAACUGUAUGUACGGUUAUUUUUACGAUGUGUCCUCGGAACUGACAAUGUAUUGUGCUCCCCAAAGCUGUAACAACAGGUUUUCAGGUUUACUAGACAUAGGAGAGACAGGCAGAUCCCAUGUCGCAGAUAUUUCGGUUAACGUAUUGAGUACGACAGACAAUGGGAACCAGAAUACACAUCCGUGAGGAAAACGGCAAUUGGAUGGUACCGUUAGGGGGAGGAAACAAGUGAGAGAAAAGACUAGUAAUCACACUUAAUCCCUUGUCAUUAUUAAAAUUAUAGUGUUGCUGCUUAGAUGCACAUAUCGGAUGCAUUGGAAGGUGUCGAGAAUGAUGGAUUUAGUACAGAGGAGUAGUGUGUGUCGGGUGACAUCAAGAUUUGUAGUCACAGAAAUCAGAAACUCAGUGAGAAAUUGCAACUUCUGUCUCUGUGUGUGUGUAUGUGUGUGUGUGUAUGUAUGUGUGUGUGUGUGUGUGUGUGUGUGUAUGCUCGUGCGUGUCUGCAGAGCGGUUUAUUCCCUUGCUCGUUGCUUGCAGGAGUUCUCUCCAGGAAGAGGUGGGAUGAGGGAUUCCGGGGAAAAAGCAACACUAAGAGCCAAUUAAUUUAUUCUGUGUUAAAUAAAUGGAGAUAAUGGUGUUCAUAUUGACACUGCCAUGGGACAAAAGCAGCAUUUGGGGUUUUAACUGACAUUUGGCUGAUACCAUUAACUCUUUCCUAACCAGCUUCAUCAAAACAACUAAUUAAUCCAUUUUUGCAAGAGUGAACUGUCCUUGCUGAAAGUUUGAUUCAUAGCUCUCCCUCCUUUUAGCUCUUUUUUGUGAAUGUAUGGUGACCCAGCAUCACUAAUGCAAAAACCAGGAUGGACUUCCCAGGGGACAGAAACUAGAUUGAGUUUCCAACUCUUGUUUUCCUCAAUAGCAUGCCUUUGUUGCUUUUGCAGCAAGUUUGCAACAAAGAUACCCAAUGCCCCAGUCUGUUAAUGAUGGAUUAUAAUGCUGAAUACAGCCUAAAAGAGAUUUCUCUGAGCCAGAGGCAUGGAGAAUCCUCCCCACACCACCUAGCACUGGGGGUGCCUUUGUGUGCCAGGUUCCCUCAUUAGGCUUGCAAACUAGGAUGCUGCUGGGAUUUAAUGUUUGUGAUAAAUGAUAGGUUCUGAUGGCUUAUCGAUUUGUGCAGAAAGUGAGCUAUCUCUGGAACAAAUGUGAACGUUAUCAGAUCUUCCUAUGGGUUUGUGUACAUCUCUGAGCACAUUUCCAGAACUUCCUCGCUCCUGACAAAGGUGUUCGACAGCGUAAAAACUUUUCAGGCGUGUUAUGAGAACGCCGCCUGUUAAAAUUGUUUAACCACUGUGACUAGUAAAACCUGUGGUUUAAUUAGCCACUUGUGUGCUCUCAUAACCACCUGCCUUCACUUCUUUUCUUCAUUUUCUCUCUCUCUCUCUCCCACUCACUCUCUCCUGUUUGUGCUCUGUCAGAAACGUAAACACAAAAGCUCUUCUGCUGCUGUACUGUGACUCGAAGGAAACAGGUUUCUCUUUCCAGCUGUGGAGAUGUCAGUAAGGCAUCGCUUCUCUGCAGGUCGUGGCCCAUCACAAAGUUUUGUCACAGGAUGUGACUGAUUUCAUUACAGAAAUGUGGUUUGUCAGUAGGAGAGGAAGACUAACUUUCUUCUGUGGUUGUUUUCCUUAUGUCUUCUUUCUUCUUCUUUUUUUAAAAAAAUAAAUUACCUAAUAAAGAGUGACAGCAGGGCUGCCUACAGCACAAGCGCAGCAGCAGUGCUCUGGCCGUAUGGCCACCAGCUGGAAGGGUGUCAGAGAGUGACAGGGCCUACAUGAGGGCACUGCAGUAGCAGUGUUGGUGUCGAGGGGCAGGCAAGGGCAGCCUCUCUGUGGAGUGAGCCGCUGGAGUGACUCAUUUGGCCUGUGCUCCAGGGGAAGCCCCCACUCUGCAUGGGGGAUCCCCUGGCACCCUGGUAGGCACAGUCCCAUGGAAAUGCAUCAAGGAUUGAGGGGCUCAAAUUCUACUACACACUUGUAAGAUUUAUGAAUUGUGCUCGACAGUGGCUGCAAGUUGCGGGGGUGAUUUAAGGCAAGGGGUGGAACUAUGUUUAAAAACAGAAUAAAUGAAAAAUGAGAAUAAUACCAAUAAACAGUAAACUGGCUGAUCCCACAAAAACCAUUUCUCUCUUUUUCCUUUAAGUCUUUUCUACUGGUGCAAUGAAGGCAUAGGAUAAAAAACGUUAGUACAUGGAGUCGAAGACAGAUUCACUUGAAUGCUUUCUAGUCUCUGACCGUCAUAUUUUUAAUGGAAUGCUUCUCACCCAGCAUUUUUUUUAAAACACUUGAAUUAUUUUUUCCUACUUUUCUUGUACUGUUUUCACAUUAAAAGUGUCCCAAUGCUCUAGUAUUUUUCAUAGAAUGUUAUUAUUACUAGGAAAUUUUAUGUACGGCAAUAAUAAAUCUAUAAAAAUAAGAUUGACGUCACGUUGCAUGCUGCCUACUUGUGUAUGUAUAUUCUGUGUUCAUUCAGAUUUACAGUCGGUUUAAAGAGACAUAAUCUUUAUUUACCCAUAGAGACUACUUAUUUUCCUCUGAUUGGUAUACGUGUCUAUAACUUCUGCUGCAGGUUAUGAAGAUUAGAAGCCUGAUGAUAGUUUACAUCCCCCUCUCUUUGAAGUGAACCACUUCCAUUCAGCAUAAGAAUCUCAUUUACCCCACUCCUCAUUUUCAUUAGCAUGGCAACAAUUUCAGGCAGAGGGGCUGACUUGCAUUGGAGGGGCUGAAGGGCCCUGCCCAAUUGUGAACUGUCAUCUGUUUAGGCAUGCUGUCAUCAUGGCUGGUACCACUUGCUUUCUUUGUAAUAGCCCAGCUAAUUGAUAAGUGCGCUAUUCAAGUGAAUGUUUGCAUACCACCUCGAUAUAGUUGAUACCAGCCUCCAAACCCAAGGCACCUCGCUGAGUUACAUUUCAAGCCAGUGGGAGUUUGAGAUGGCCUUCUCCGGGGAUAGGUUGUGAUGAUUGAUUUCAGCAGGAAUGGCGUCUGAUCCUGAAAAUCUUAACACCAUAUGGCAUUGCCACGGGGGAGAGAGGCUGCGCUGGCAACCUCCGAACUUGCACUUCGUGUAGCGGUAGCGUGUGUGAGCGCGUUAAGGGAAGACUGCUGAGCUCUGUGGAUAGGGGUCAAUUAGUAGGGGCCUCAGAGGAAGCAAUUUCCCUGCCGUCUAUCUAGCUUUAAAUUACAUGCACGAGUUAAGUGACGGCAUGAUGGAAUUGAGUAGUGUGAGGGGGAACUGUAAAGUCUGAUAAGGAGCAGGUGGCUAACACGAUCCAACUGGCUAACUGGAAGGUGAAAAAGAAAGACCACCUUGUAGCCUGCGUUGCUGUUCAUCACUUAACAUUGGCAGUGUUGCUGUAUGACAGUUUGUCUCUCCUGCCUGCCACUGCCUUGUAGCCCUCCGUCUGGCUGAGUCUCCCCAUGUGCAUGUGUUAAACACUGUGCAGAUGAGCAAAAAAGCAGUCCUUGUUCCUGGGCAUUUACAGCUGGAACAAGAACCAUAGUCUGUCCUGAGUGCAAUUCACAUUGGAAUUGGCUGCAAAGCCCUGAUUGACCCUGAGUGCUGUUUUUCCCCUCUUUCCUUCUCAUUCAUGCCCCGUGUGUUCCACCAAGGAUGCUCUUGUUUUUCUGUUCCCAGGCCUGAGCCUGCAGGGAGUGUGCCUGGCACUGGAACUGGUUGUUAGCACCAUAUGAGAGCCCUUGCUGGGUGACUGUGAUACUCUUGCUUGGGGCUUCCAACAUGGUGCAUAAUCCUGCCAUAAUGGUGUGGGCAGGGAGCGGGGGACGUGAGAAGCAGAGCAAGAUCUGACCUUCAUUGAGUGCUUUGCAAUGUUUUUUUAUCACUUUCAUUCGGAUAUUGCAUGUCUGGGAUAAACAUACAUUCAGUGAUGAAUUUUCCUUUUGAUCUCUGGAGGUUCUUGGGUACAACACAGGGCCUCCUACUACCACUUCCAGCAGAGACCAGAGCAGGUGCAAGCAUCUUUUCUCACUGGUGCCUGCUCUCUGCUGCUCGGAAAUCUCAUUGAAGCUAAUUGACCUUACGUCUUAGGAUCCUGUCUUGCAAGGCAGGAGUGCACUGCGGUUGUUGGGAGACAUGGGGUGGAGGAAGAUGUGUAGAGCCCAGAGGAGUUGAGCUUUUGGUCUCUUUACAGUUCUGGCACAUCACUGAGUGCAAGUGAUUUCCUCUGAAAUGGAGUUGAAUGUUGUCUGGUUUACUGUUUCAUAUGUUGUUGCUUCCCUUUCCUUGUGUGAUACUUGCAAAGCAGAGGAAGUGCCCAAAGCCCAUGACAUUAGUGUUCAAUUUAGAAUAUAAAUUGCUGCUUGAUAUGGUAUAGUUUGUUAAAGGGGGCAAAAAUUAAGUCUCUCCUGCCUAAGGAAAUCUUAAUGGUGGGAUUUGGUACUGAACUGAACAGAAUGUCAAGGAAUUCUGCAAAAUUGUAGGCCAGUCAAGUACUUAGCAGUCUCUUUGAUACAAACACUGGUUUCUACUUGCAUUGGAAAUUCCUUGUUUUAAAUCAUUGAACUAUGAUUGUUUGCCAGUGAAAUUGUCCGUAUGGUAAGAGAGAUUAACUGGUUAUGGGGGUUCUGCAUUUUGAUUGCACUGAAUAGUUCUUUGCACAUUUCUCAAAGUACUAGUAGAGGUUAUGCAGUUGGGGUGUCGGGAUUCUGUGCCAGACUCUGGGUUUCAGUGUCAUGACUGUUUGGUUAGUCUGUUUUUUUAAGCUGACAUAAUGAAAUCUCUGUGUAUUGUUUAGGCUGGGCAAGCUGUAUGUGCCAUGAGAAAGAUGAUGAAUGAGGGCAAUUUGAGGUUUUUUUUGAGCAGUAAUUUGCAUAAUAAGUAUCUUUUUUCUUUCUUUCUUUCUUUUUUCCCCCCCAAAUCAUCUUGGUCACUUUGAACUAGGUAUUUCAGUUAGCGGUGCAUAGAACCAUCAUGACUUGGAGUCCUAUGGCAACUACAGGAUGUCUGGAAAAUCUUUCCAAUUCGGUGUUUCUACAAAAUGUGGACUAUACACAUCAUGCCUCAUUCAUAUAGGGAGAUUCAUUUAAGCUGGUAGAUAUGUGAAUGUCGUGUUAUACACCGAUAUUUAGGAGUGGUUAACAGUAAGGAACAGUCUCAAUAUUUGUCUGCCUGUUCAUGUAUAUUCAUAUUUUUGGGUUUUGGGUCCACUUUCCAUGCAAUUAUAUUUAAUAAGUGCACACUUAACACUUUUACUGAAGUUAGGGAAGACAUUGCUUACUUGGAGAAUGAAUUAGGAUGUCAGAAAACAAUCCCUUUGUACUGAGGAAAGCAAAGGGUCAGAAACGUUUUUUUGGUCAGAAACCAACAUCCUGGUGCUGUGCUUUUGGUUUUAAAAUAAAUGUGUUCUAGAGAGUUAAACAGAAGGUUGAUAUUAAUUUCUGUAUAUUGUCAUGCAUUUGAUACAUGGCAAUGACUGAGAACAGGUCCUUUCCAGAUAUCCUAAAAAUUUAUAUUGUUAAAAGGAAAACUAGUAGUCUUCUAGCUCUUAACAUGCAUAUAUUUUAAGGGUUAGGCUUGGUGAAGUAAUUCUAAGCAGGCAAACCUAGAAUAUACACUUUAAAGACUCAUCAAAUAUAGUAUAGUCCUUUUGAUUGCUGGUUGCAAUGGGAAAUGGCUGUCGAUUGCAAAGGGAAAGGCUUUAAGAUCAGUUUUUUGGAUGUACCCAAGUGAGUUAGGCGCAGUAAGAAAGUAACUGGUGUCACUGUAAAAAAGUCCCUGGGACUUGGCCUCGGUUGAUAACAAUUCCCGGUUGCUAACAAGUCACCGACUACAUGCUUAAAAAUUGGCAGCAGACACCAUGUCUUCUGAGGAGUACCACCAUCCAGAGAAAGUGCUUCUCUGCUUCUGUAGUGUCUGUAUUUUUGAUAGCUCAUCUACUUGAAUGAUCGUACUGAACCACAAUGUCUUGAAGCAUGCAGUUUCAUUUGACACUUCUUUUGCUUUUUGGGAGCCCAUACUGCUCUGUCUGUCUUUUCUCUUCUUUUGGGUACCUUUAUUGUUUUCCGCAGUCAUAUCUUGUUCAGUCACAUGCAAACACCUGUCCUGAAAUUGAAUUACUCUGUGGUGUAAUCUGAAGUCAUCCCCCAUUUCAGCAUCCUGGGCUUUCUGUUGUGUGUUAUGUUGCACCAUACUUUAGAUGCGACAGCCAUUUAAUAAUGUUGAAGCCUUAGCUCUGCAGGGGCUAAAAAGAUCCCAGCAGGCUUGUUAACUUCUACUCUCAGACAUUAUGGGAAAUAUUUUCUCCUCCCUGGAACUCCUAGGCAUCCUCUUAAUUAACACUAUAAAAAUACAUAGCCAGGUACGAAGCCUGUUUAAUUUUUUUGCAGUUUUUCCAGAGUUUCUCCGUUCCUUCUUAUUUAACCAGACACUGGUGCCAAGUGAGUUAUGAGAACAUAAAAGGAAUAAAAGCAGCCUGGGUCAUGCUGGAUACUCUGUUCUUGUCAGGCAGCAUACUCAUCAAGCACCUUCCCCUUACUCACCAUAGGGUCUUAUUCUUUCCCCUGCUUUACUUUGGUCUUUUCCUUUAUCUCAGUCUCGGAAGUGUUGGCCAUUUGAAAACUUUGCACCUCUCCUGUCUCAGGAGAGUAUUCCUUUCUGUUCCACGCUGCUGUGGUCAUGGUGUCUGUUGUACUUUUAUAUAGGAUCCCCACUAGCUGGUAUCAGACUUCAUUUGACUAGGAGUUAUUUGUACAGAGAUGAGAGAGGUUAUUCAGUGGUUUAGGAAGUUGAGAAGCAGUAAUAAAAUUUGAGGUGGAAGGAGGAACUUAAUAAAUACUGGAAAGCAGUGGGGAAUCCAAGAGAAUUCAGGAUGCAUAUCACUUAAGAUGAGGACAGAAGAGGAGGAAAGAAGAGCUGCAGAGUGCUCAAACAGAGGAGGACACAAAAGUGACUGAGGGUGGUUUAUAAUGUGUGAAGCCUCAGUGAAGGGGUGCCUGGUCCUCCAUAGGGGUGACUCAGUGACCAUGGGACAGACUGACUGAGCACUGAAGGGUACAAUGAUAGGGCUGAAGAUGGCAGUGAGAUCUCCCCUGGUGAGAAGAGCACGGAAUAUAUCUGCUGCUGUGAGCUGGUUUACCAUUAGUAAUUCAGGUGAGGCAGUUGAAGAGCUCACCAGUAAUCAUCUUCCUAGCACUUGUACAGGGGAAGGCCAAGACUUCAUACAGAUGAAAGGGACCUUGGUGAGGGUGAGCAGGGUUUUUCACAUGCCCUUGUUGUUAGGGUAAACCGGUUUCUUUAAUUAAUUUUUUAAAAUUGACUGGAAUUUAUGGAGAGAAUUUGGAUAUUGGGAUGAGCAUUUGUUCUGGGCAUGAUCCAAACAAGUUGUUCAAGGGCUAAGGAAAUGAUAAAGGAGUACAUACAGGAAAGCUAAAAAAUGUGAAAGGGAGAGGGGAAGCUUGCAAAUGAAAGGCUGAAAAUGAUGAUUUGUUGCAUGAGGAGUUCUUGGUCUUAGAGGUUUCUUUGGUGGUGUGUACUGUGUGUCCUAGGAAAGCUGGAGCAUGCUGACAGAACAUCAGUCUACACCAUGUUAACUCAAAGAAUUUGCUCCACUGUCGUGAAAGAAAUACCCCAAAAGAACUGCAGUUCAAUAACAUCUGUCCUGUACAUUGUAACUGCGAGGUGGGGAUGCAGUGUGGAUGCAGCAACCUUGGCAGUUACAGGCUUGGAACAGAGCUGAAGAACCCUGAGUGUCUGUGUAGAAGGUACAAGGAGGGCAGAGCAUGAUUACUGUGAGGCAAUUAAAGAGGUCAGAAAUGGAAAAGAGAGGCAAGGAGUACACAUUGGUAAAUAUGUGAUCUCCAAAGUGAGUAGUAUCAGUCAAACAAAGGAUUUUGGUUUUAGAGUAAACAAAAGAGGAGAAAAAUAUAUUUGGAAGGGUUGUGGGUAUGACUCGUGGGAGGGGGUGGGAGAAGACUCAAUGACACUAUUUCAGUAAUGAUAUAAAACCUGCUCUCUCUAAAUCACCAGUUCAUCUGAGCUCUGGGAAGUGGUAAUGUGGUUGGCUGAUUGCUUGGAAGCUGAUGUAAAGUAAAUUGGAGGUCAAAGUCCAGUGGAGGUGACAGUGUCAUGAAAAUAAUUACUGAGAUGUGUCUUAAUUGUCAUCCUUGAAAAUUUCAGAAGACACACCUGAGAAUGAAUGGAAUUCAGAACCAUUUACAAUCUUUUAACGUUUUCCUUGCCAGUCAGGAAUUGUAGUGACUUGCUGUAUAAAAGUUUGUGUUGCUACUCCUCUUCCUGCAUCCAAUCAGAAAAUACAUGGUGCUCAUCUUGAUGUUUGGCUGCAAGAGAGCCAAGCUGGCACCUGUGAUGGGUCUUAGGCAUUGGCUGAUUAUACUCCUUCAGCCCAUAUUCCAAGUGCUGCAUUUGAGUGAAUGUAUUUCUGUAUUUCCCCCCCCCCCAAACCUUUUUUUUUUUUUUUGCAAGCUUUGCAGAAAAAGAAACAAGCAAGCAGAGACCAAGCAUUUAAUGGAUAUAUUUUUCACUGGCUCUUUUAUCAACAGCAUAUGAAAAAUCCCAAAGGACAGAAGCAGUUAGCUAACCAAUGAGGCAUCAUAGCCAAUUUUAGGUUCCAUGCAGGAGAAAAAGAUACUGAAGCCCCAGCAGCUCUAGGGGAAAGAGAUUUAAAUUUAGGUUUAGUACUAAGAAACAUGCCUCCCCUCUGCUUGGAGACCAGUCUGUAAGAGAUUACUGUACCCCAGGGCAGCAGUUUGGAGGAUGAUAGAGAUGUCAGCCUGUGAGUGCAAAGACUUGUACCACUGGAUGGUGAACCAGCAGGGAUUUCUCAUUAAUGGAAUGAAUGUUAACAAGAAUAAUUCUGUUUUGUGAGCUGGUGUGUGUGUGUGAAGGAUAAAUGAUAGGGACUGAUGGAUGGUCUUCACAGAGAUUUGAUUAGGGAGAAGGUGAAUGGCAGUGUGUGUGAGAGGGGGAGGAGGUGUAUGCACGUGGUACAUCCAUUGCAAGAGGCAGCCCCACUUCUAGUUGAUAAUGUCUGACAGACAAGUCAGCAGAAGUAACCAGGCAGGUCCUAGGCAAAAGCAGAAGCUGAGCCCUGGUGUGGUAUUUCAUUUUUACUAUCUUUUGCAUUGUAAGGUCUUGGUUUUUAUGUUGCACAGUGGUAACAAACCUCUACCCAAGAAUUUCUCUAUAAAACUUUUCCCGGUAACAGAGGUUUCUGUUUUAUGCUAAUAAAACAUUUGACUAUUUGAUACUAAUUCCCACAGUCAGUAUGGGAGCACUGAGUGACAGCUUUUUUGACCUGGUUAGCAUCAGUUUGGGCUCUGAAGUAACACUGUUAAAGCUUGUAUGAGCCCUUUCCCAUUCCUGAAAAAGCAGGAGACAGGCCAGACCUACUAGUUGAGAGGCCAGGCAGGCAGAACCAACAGAAACAAUCCCUCAUUCUGCCUGAGGCCUUCCUAUGCUGUUAGAAUGCAAAUAAUAAAUUAAGAAAGACAAAAUAGUCGUAUAAGCCAAGUAAGCACUCUAGCAGACUUAGCAGGUCCACCCUCAGGUACAGGGAUAGCUGAAAAAACUGAAGGAACUGCAUGAACUGCUCGAGAGGGAUAUAGAAAUAGGGGAAAAAAUGUGAAUCCCUUUGCAAGUGAGAUGCGGGAGACCCCUAAACUGAAAAGCCAAACCUCUGAUAUCUUCCCUGCUGCCUUUGCCAGAAAGCCAUUAGGAUUCCCUGCCUGAGGCCGGAGCGUGGCCAAUUGGAACUCAGCUGCAGGGUAGCAGACGGCAGGAGGAGUUCCCGACCCCGGCUUGCCCGCCGCUGCCAGCCCUGCGUGCAGGAUGCCAGGCACGGGGAAGCCGGCGGCCAAGGCGACUGCCUCCCAUGGGAGCGAGCGGGACGGCAGAGGUGGAGACUUGGCUCCGUCCCUCGGCUUGCUGGCCAAAAGAGCUGCACCGGCACAAGGGAGGGAGUGUGCUGGAAGGCGACCACUGCCAGUUACUCCAAGCCUGGGAGGGAAGGGGGAGAGGAGGUGUGCUCCUUUCUAGGGCUCUGCCUGCAUCCUGGGGCGACGCUUCUGCCUGCCAGCCUCGAUGCAUUGUUGGGAUGCUUAGCGACCGGAGCUGUCUCCUGGGGAUGUUAAGGAUGGUGGAGCAGAGCAUGAGAGCUGCUCUGCUGAAAGAUUGCUCGUAGCUUUAGAUGCUUGCUGGCAUGGAGAGGGGCUCACUCCAUUACUAACAUUUCCUGGGACUGAGCUGUUUUUCUUUGACAGCAUUAGUCUGGAUUCCUUAUGAUUUCUGAUCUGUGUUUGCCAUCUGUUUUCCCCAAUGGCAUUAUGCAUUUUUUCAGAUCAAAAACCCAUUCCCCAAAAUUUAAUCUCAUCUAUAAAGUGAAAAAAAAUUAAUAUAUAAAAUAAACUAUGGUGUGUAGUGAAUGUAAAUGAGGCACACCUUUGCUCCUUCUUUCUCCUGUGGAGAAACACAUUACUUCUCUGACUAAUCCUAUUGAUUUGGCUGGGGAGCUACAGCCUGCUGCUGAGUCUAAGUGGCAGCAUCCGGCCAUACAGUGGCAAGUCUCUGUGGCCAUUGGCACAAAUCCUUUACUCCCCAGCCGACUCCACUGAAAUUUCGUGAGGUUACCUCUGAGCGAGCUAUUCCAGAGGAGCCAGGAUUUCAAACCGUGACCCUGACUUAGGAGUACAUUUUUUAAAUUUCUAUUUGCAAUGUCCCAUGGCAAAGGUUUACUUUUCACUCAGUGGAGCUGGCGGCAGAGAAAGUCAAAUGAGUUUCCUAAUCUGGUAUGUUCUAAAUCUGGUUUGUCUCAAAUACAGCCUGAGAGAUAUGCACCACAAGUGGAAAAAUAACUGCCAGCACGCAGAUGCGUUUCCUCUUGGAGCAAAUAAAGCUGAGUUUUAAAAUAAAUGUUAAAUCUCAUCCUUGGUAUGAAGGGAGACAGGCCUGUAGCUCAGGUAUGGGGAGAGAUAUUUUAAGGUGGGCUGUGGAAUACAACUCACCACCAAGCUUCUGACCCAGCGUAUGUGUCCCUUUUUAUCUGCUAAGUCCAAUAAUAAGCUUGUUAUUAGAGGACAUCUGUUACUGCCUGAUAACACGUACAGAGAGCAGGAGCGCAGUGUUGGUGGGCAGCCAGGGAUUUUGGCAGCUGUGGGGAGCGGCAGCUUCGCGGACUGUUUCACACCUCGUCCAGAGCUGGGGUAGCACAUCCCUCCCAUGGGCCUGCGGCUUGGGGGGAGGAUGCCAGGAGUUCGAGGUGAGGGCUGUUCCUGUGUGGAGCUCUCCUGUGCCAGCUGGUGUGCACAUGUGCCAGAGCCAAGACGAGUGCAGGAGCAGUGCCUCAUCCACUCAUCCUCCUGCAGCCGCAACUGGCCCCCUCAGUGUCAGGUCACUGUGGUGGGUCUCCUGGCACACCUCCAGGACAGGCAGCGGAGCAGCUGGCAGAAACGUGCCACGUGCUGGGUUCUGCCUUUUCCUUCUGCGUUUCCACGAGAUGCAGUUCACACACUGGUUUCUUGCCCCCAAGCCUCCUUGCCUGAAGAAAAACAUUCAAGGAGACUGUGUGAGCUGAAUCUGAGCAGCAGGAGGUUUUCCCCAAAGUCAUUGCUGUAGGUAAUGUAUAUUUAUGAGUGGAACAAAGUGGGCUGCAGAUACUUUGAAAGGCUGCUUUCCUCUUGGGGUGGCUUAGUAUUUAGGCAAGUAGGGAGUGGAGAUGCUGUCCAGACUGCAUUCACCAGUGGCAGAGCAGCAUGGUGCAGGACAGAUGGCAACUUCCACCCAUCUUCCUGUGGGUCAGGAGAUGCUGGUAUUCUGAGAUUCGGGAGACUGGAUCCUUCCAGUACCUAGAGGGGGCCUACAAGAAAGCUGGAAAAGGACUUUUUACAGGGGCGUGUAGUGAUAGGAAAAGGAGGAAUUGCUUUAAACUGAAAGAAGGUAGGUUUAGAUUAGAUAUUAGGAAGAAAUGCCUUGUAGGUGGUGAGGCACUGGAACAGGCUGCCCAGAGAAGUGGUGGAUGCCUCACCUCUGGAAGUGUUCAAGGCCAGGUAGGAUGGGGCUCUGACCAGCCUGAUGUAGUGGAAGGUUCCCUUGCCCAUGGAAGGAGGUUAACCUAGAUGAUCUUUAAUGUCCCUUGCAGCCCAAGACAUUCUGUGCUCUGCAGGUCAGGAGAUUGCAUCACUCUGCUGGGCUUUAGCACACCACAGUGUGACACACAACUCCAUUGCAGCAACGAGGCUGGGUCUGUACUGCCAUGUGUGCCUGACAGUCUGGCACUUGUCUGGGGAAGGGUCUUUCCAGAGAGGGAAACUGAGGAUGGAAAGUGAGUUUUGAAUUUGCACCAUAUUCUUCACUGUUUAUGUAUGAGCAAUGCUGAUGUCAUUUCCAGGGUGACUGACUGACACAUAAAUUAGCUUGUGGCACUGGAAAUAGAAGGUGUGAUGUGGUGGAAAGGCCAGUUUGCCUUCUUGCUGGUGAUCACAUGAGUUCUGUGGGACUGACCAGGUCCAUAGCCUGUAUUUGCACAGUGUAAGGAAAAUGUACAGGCACUGGUUUAUGGCCAGUGGCGGUCAGUGUUUGCUGGGCUGGGCUGCAAUUGAUCCAAAUGGCUUUUCAUGCAGGGGCCAGGAAUUUCCAGCUGAACAUUUUUGGCCACCACAGAGCACCAUAUUUCUCUAUGUCUGAUCAUCUAUCUCUAUACAUACACAGAUAGGUAUAUUGAGAUAUACAUAGACACAUAUAUAUCUAUAUAACUUAGUGGGCCAAACUGCUCCUCUUGUGGAAGGCAUUUCAUGAAGGGAUUGCCCUCCAGCUUGAGAAGCUUAUGUGCGGUUCUCUGCAGAUCUCGGGAAGGUCAGUUUUCCCUAUGUCACCAGCACCAGUCCCGCUGCUUUGGGAAAGCCACUGGUUACCUUUCAUUUGCCCUGUGAAUUUGAGAUUCAUUAAGGUGCUGUCUAUUUCUGUGGUCGUGUAGGUCUCUCUAAAGACUGCCAGGUAGCCCAAAUCUUGUUGAAUGUAUCUCAGCUGUAGUUCCUAUUCUUUUGAGCUGGAUUGUUUCAGCCAGGGCACCUCAAGAGGAAUGAGGAGUGCCACAUUUGGCUAAUAAUUUCACACGUAGCCAACGUGUGAGUUUACUUUAGUGAGAGCAGGAUUUUUGCUCAUGGAUCAAACAUCAAAGAAUUCUUACAUAAUGCAACAUCUUUUAACAUUGGUAAAAUAUUAGGUCACAAUCAUGUAGUGCUCUGAUGUAUUUUAUUAUUCUAUUUUGUUUCUGAAUGUGGUUCACCUCAAGUGAUUCCCUAGCCUCGCAGAAAAUAAUCAUACAGAUGACUUACAGUGAGUCUUGGUUAGGUAGCUGUGAAUUUUGGCAGCACCCUAAGUAACAGCAUCCCAAGCAGGAGCAGCCAAUUUUCCUUACUUGUCUGUAUCAUAUCUUUCAGCUGGCUGUGGGACUCAGAAAGCCAAGGAGAGAGAGGUCUGGCAGGUGUGGUAGGCUUUGGCUCCCCAAGGGAUGGGGCUGGGCUGGGCUGGGCUGGGCAAGCAAGCAGGCAGGCCUUGGAUGAGCAAACCCCACUGCCUGGCAUCCCAGGGGGCAGUGGGAGGCAUCAUUCUUUAAUGAGUGCUUUUGCUGUGAAAAUACAGGUGUUGAAACAGAGUCUUUGGUGAGAAAUUUCCAUCACCUGCUGGUGUGCUGUUUUCAUGUGUUGCAUGUAGCAAGGGUCUGCUUUUACAUUUCCCUGUGGCGCACCCAGGACAGAUAUGGAGGUAUCAUUUUUCCAUUGCUGCUUAAUUGAAGAGAUUUUCUGUUGGUUUCUCUUGCCUUUUUUUACUUCCUCCUCCAAAAGUGUAGCAUGCUUGGUCCCCUAUGUGAAGCUGAUUUUUCAAGGCAAUAAUUAAAAUUUCAAAUUUCAAAUAUUUGAGCUACUUCUUUUGCAGUGAAAGCUGACAAGUAGGGAGGUGAAUAGAGAGUUUGAAAGUGUGGAGGUCAUUUCAUCCCAGGUUUGUGCAGAGAUAAGUUUUCUUGAGUGCUAUGCUUUAUGGCAUUACCUGCUUGGAGAAGCCACGGCUGGAGAUUUUGGAGCAUCCUCCUGAGAGCGAGCCUGCCGUUUGUUAGCAUUUGCACCGGCACAGUGAAGGCUUUUGCAGCAAAACCACACUGAUCAACUCUGGUUCUGCUCCUCACCACCCCUCCCUAGGCUUCCAGGGGGAUCUGUCUUUCCUGUCACUCAGGAUAAUGAUUCCCUACCGGCAGCACAGAGAUCCAGAAAUGCGCUGUAAUCUUGCUGAGAGUUUGAUUCCCCAGCUGGGACUGCUGGAUUUAUACAGCCAGGCAGUAGAUGGUCAUUGCACUUAAACUUGUACGUUGGUGCGCUGAACCUCUAAAUGGGCUGAAGGGUCUCUCUUUGUCUGGAAAUAACCUUCAUUCUUAGAGUGGUGCAAUCUAUGGAUUUCAUCAGGUAAAUUGGUUUAGAUUUAACUUGAACCAGCUAUUCAAUUCUAAAAGAUUUCAUUUUUUGUUUAAGGGUGGAUUAAUAUUUCAUUCCCAAAUUGGUAGUUAAUGCAAUGGAUAUUUAAUUGUAAAUGUAUAUCUUUAAUUAGAACUUGGUGCACAGAUGCAAAAAUUUCUUAUCUUGCAGUUUUUCAAAAGCACACAGCUUUGCCCUUCAAAAAUACUAUUCUGUGUAUUUAAAGGUCUAAAUGACCUUUUAAUCAGACAUUACACCUUUACUUCCAGCUGAUAUGACAACGUCUGACAGUAACUCAACCUGAUGUGGCAAGAAAAUAAAUAAAGGCCAUCUCAGUCACUGUGUCUUUAAAUCUCUCUGUCUAGCUGUGGUUUUGUGUUCAGGCAGAUGGACCCACAGCAGAAUAUUACGUUUAGUUUUCAGGUGAAGACAAUCUAUUGAGUUUAAUACGUUUUCAUGUUUGACUGUUCUUUUGAGGUCAAUUUAGUCAUACAUUUGUUUCCUGCCAUUCCAAACUCCAGUCUCUUCUGCAGCCAACCUCUUUAUAAAUUAUAAAUCUGUGUACCUCGCUCUCAGCAGCCAUCUUACAGCCCACAAAGACCGGUGCGGAUGGUCUAGCAAUUGCAUUAGCUCUCCUCGGUGUACCUGGGGAUGAGGGCUGCUGUGCUUUGUCACUGCUUGUGCUUAUGCUCAACUCACGUAACUGGGCAGAACCGGGUCUGGUAAAGACGGAUAUGAGCAAUUCCUACUUUUGGACGACCAACACAAAGAAAACUCACACUGAUCAGGGUGAUUGUAUUCAAAAAACAAGCUCAUUGUCUUUGGGAGUUGAUUUUCAGAUGAUUUAUUAAAGAGUAAUGUUCGUGGAGGGGGAGUGGGUAUUGAAUUGACAACAGGUCAGACUUCUAAUGACAAAGCAGAAUUAUUUUGAUAUCUGAUAUUUCCAUGUGGACAAAAAAUAAACAUAACAAUAACAGCUUUCCUUUCAUACGGCUUUUACAAAAAGAGGAGCUGUGUACUGCUUGAGCCUGAUAAUCACAAACUCGACUAAUUAUUCAACAAAAAAUAGUUGCCAUACUAAUGAGCAGUUCCCUGGAAUUCAGAAAGAAAUAUUCUGACAGCAAGUACAAUGCACAUUGUACCCUGCAGGGUCCAUGGUUUGUUGUUUUUUUAUGGAAACACUAGGAAAACAUUUUAAAGUGCUCCCUGAAACAAAAAUGAAAGAAUUCUUUCAAAAAGAGACAUGGUAUCUAUAUGUGACACCAGCAAAAUCCAUGAGAACUUUCUCAUUACAAGUAUUUAUUUGCAAAUUUCUGCAGUUUUAUUUUUAGGGGAAUUUCUUUGGAUGUAACAAUAAUAUUUGUGGGUAGUUCUUAAUGAAACAAGUACUUUUGAGCUGGGACAGACUGAUACAGAGUCAUCUUAGGGCUCAUUCUCACUUCCCUGGAUAGCGCAGUCAUUAGUUCUGGUGGAGAGACAUGUGGAUCUAGAUGCAGGGGUUCAAGGGCUCUUUUACAAUCUUUUAACUGAAGGAAACUGAGCAUAAGAAGUACCUUACAGAAGUGACACAGUCCUUGUAGGCUCAGCCCCUCAGCCUCUCAUGUAUGUGGUACUUUAAAGCUGUGAAGGGAAUUUGCUGGUAAUCAUAUGUGUAUGGAGGCACCUGAAUGCAAGUGGAUAUCAUUUCCAGGGGGCAACAGGUGGAGGAAGGAGGGAAUAUAGCAACUCUGCGAGUAAGCCAAGGUCCAGCAUGUGUGUGAAAGAAAGUACAUGGGCAGUCUGGGCAGCAUCCCAAGGUGUUUCCUUCAGUGAAAUGAAGUCAAGGAUGUGUUUAAAUUCUUUCUGCAUUGCAACCUAAAUGUGGAAUGAGGUGGCCAGCCUGAGGUUUCAAAAUACUGACCUCUGUUCCCAAGAUGUCUGUAGACACAGCACACUUUCCGAGUGACAGAUCAAUGCCUUUGCUAUUCCCCUGUCACAAACAUGGUCUUGCCAAAGCAUGUGUUUAAACCUGCAAACCCAACCAAGCCAUAACGGUGCAUCCAGUAUGCCAAGGCACAGGGAGAAACCAUUGUACAACUGUGUGGUUAUCCUAAAAGCACUGUCUGUUUUCCAGGUAUUUUUUCUAGCAAUGUUUACAUUUUCAUUACUAACUUGUUAACUAAGGAGAAGACAGCAUGUUAGGUGUGUUAAAUACUGAGUACGAUGUAUUGCUCGUGAUCCUAAAAUGGUGUGUGUUUGGAGAAGGAUGUUUCUAUUAAUUGUCAAGCAAUGUGAGGCAUCGUGCUGUUCCUAGAUAACUGAAAGUAUGCCUAAAAUGUAAAGGAAAAGAACAACUAGAACUGGAGUAUUCCAAUGCCACAAAAGAAAGCUUAACUUGUUUUCUUGCUUUUUUUUUAGAGAACACCUGUUCCCAGCGCUGAAGCAUUCCGAUGGUUCUUUUAAGCAGUAGUGUAUCUUAUUUUCGAGGCAGUCCGAAGUGAAUGGCAAGCUAAAGUCUUGUUUUAAGAAACUGCUUAGUCCACCAUUGAAGAUAAUACUCAGAUACUAUUUUCAUUUAUGUAUAGGGGUUUCCUCAAAAGCAAAAGACAAAAAUCUGGGAGCCUGGGGAAUUGGCCAGCUUCUUCACAUUCAGUACACCGAUUCUUUCUUUGAUGUAACUUAGCUAUACUAGUGAAGUUGUUGUCUAUUUUUAAAGUGGCUGUAAAAAAAAAAAAAGUUUGGGUAAACCCCUGCUAUAAAGUCAUGUAUCUUUGAAAAGUAACAUAUCUAUACUUCAUUUUCAAAUAUAUGUGUUUCAGUACUGUAAACUGUACAGAUAGCCGCUUGUAUUUUGUGUGUUUAGACACAAGGAGACAAUCAUGUCUGAGCAUCAAUGGAGAUAAACGGUUUGUACACAACAGUGUGGUUCUGCGAGUUAAAUCCGGAGCAAUAAAUUCUAGCUUUAACUAUUAUUUUGCUAGUUGUUUAGCAUCAGCAGCAACAGCAGCACUGUUUUACCCUGCAUCCUUCCAUAGAGACUUGAUGCCAAGUUUUCCAAGAUAAAAAAGAUUGUGAUGCAUCUAGCAAUUGCCUUCUGUUGUGGUGUUGUGAGAGGGGAAGACGUAACAUUUAAAAUUAAUCUUUCAAGCACUCUAUUAGAGUAGUCGUUUAUGCACUUGCAUUGCUUCUAAAUGAGCUUUACAGAGGGGUAUCUCUCCAAAAAUGCUGUCUGGUGUCUGACUUAUUUUCCACUAUACUCUGAGCUGGAGUGCCCAGCAUAGGCAGAUGUGCAAAACUAGUUUUCCAAAUAAAGGUUGUUCUAGGAUGCAAAACAGAGUACCAGACUUUAGAAAAAAUGAUGACUCAGCUUAAUUACCCUUCACCUACGAGAUCUUGUGUAGCAUUUUCAGUCAAUGGAGUAGGCAUUUUAUAAAGUGGAAUGCCAUAUUUUUGGUUCAAGUGGAGCUCUUCAUGGUUAAAUGAGUUUUGACAGUUGGACUGGUUUGGGUCGCACUUGCACUUGUGCUCAUUUGAGAGCCUGGAUAUUUUUGCAGUAUAAAAAUGAGCUUUUUUUAAAAAAAUGCUUUUAAAAAAGACCACUUCUCCCCACACAUUUCUUGGUCCACAGAUCUUGGAUUUGCUGAAUGACUGGUCCCUUAGGCCCCCAGAAAAAUGCUUUGCCGUUCUUCUUCCUGGUCUAGCUGCACGGCGGUAAUGUCUACUCCAUAGAAAGGCAGCACACAGAGGGAUACAACUCACAUGCCGUAAAAAAUAUGGAAGAUUCUAAACUUAGGGAUACUUUUUAUCAGUUGAUCAUCACUUUUUAUUGCUUGGCUUUGUCAUACUGCUCACAAGUGAGAAGGCCAUGCCAUCAAAGUAAGUGAAUGCUGUUGUGCCAUGUGUUUGAUAGAUUUAUAAUUUUGUAUGAGAUAGGACUACCAGUAGUUUCACAGACAAGGUGCUGGACAUGUAAAUAACCAGUUAAUGUUGCACAGCACAUGCAAAUCUCCUACUGUUUCAGCACUUUCUCCAUUUUUUUGCUAAGUACUUCAGCCCCUGGUCACACUUACAUGGUGAAGCACAAGGGAUGGGUUGGGAAUGCUAUAGUGUGGGACCUGUGCAGGUGGGGAAGAUGCCAGCUUUGGCAAGUGAGGGAGCUCACAGGGCUGGCAGGUGUUGGGAACAGCUCAGAAAGCGAAGACCAAGGGAUGGAGGAGGAGAAGACUCCAGAGGUCACAUGUGUGUGUCAGCAGGACCGGGCAGACCGUGGGUGAUCCAGGGUAACUGGAGGAGAGCGGGCGGGCUGGGCUUACACCUGCAUCCUCAACUAAGGGUCGAUGCACGUGUCUAUGUCUUUGCAUCAUAUGACAUCACCUAUGUGGCUUCAGAGGUGGAAUGUCACACUUAAAAUGCUUCUAUCAUGGUGCCCCUCUUACAGUUUGUAAGAGAUCCUUAGUUAAAUAUCAUCCAGUGCCCAUUCAAUGAGCUUUAUGUCUUUUUGUAUGGCAGCUGUGUACAGAUUUUUUUUGUGCUGGAGACAUUUUGGUUAGGUCCUCUGUUACUGAUUGCUAGACCAAUACGAGCUCUGCAAGGUCUUCUCUACCAAAGCACUGAUUGAUUUACAAACUGAAGCCUUAUUUGCACAUCUGGCUGGUAAGCUUGCCUUGCUCUUUGGAAAACUCUGAUUGCUCUUACAGAAGCAGAGGCAAAGUUAAGUUCAGGCUACAUUAGGUGUACAAAGAUACUCAUAGCAAUGUACUCACUGUCUAAUACCCUAAUGUUGCAUGUCUUGAUGUGCUUUCUUUUUUUGUUUUGUUGUUUUGUUUUAAAGAACUGAUGGGUCUGUAUAUUGUAAUUGUGGUGUUUGACAUGUCAAUUCAAAACUGUUAAAACAAACAAACAAACAAGAAAGCCUGUUAAUUAUUGAAAAUGAACAAGCGUUGAUUUUUCUUUGAUUUAUCCAUAUGGUUUUUCUUUUGGAUGUUGUUCCUUUGCACCAUCAGGUUUUUAGAUUUUGCUGAAACAGUAUUUAUAUGAUGUAGUGUGCAUAGAGCAUUUUAAUUAGUGAUGUUUGAAGAAGGAAAUCCCUUUUCUGGCCUGUCUCUCUCCGCUGCCCUUCCCUCCUCCCCUCCCCUCCCCUUUUAUAUACAUAUUUGUCAAUCUGAUUAUUGUCAAGUUCUAAUUACCAAAUUCGUGCUUUUCACAAGGUCCAAUAUAAUUUUUCAGUGUGAAAAUUUAUAUUCUUCUCCAGUCUUCGUUCUCACAAAGACAAAUGAAAAAAAGGGGGUGGGCAAAAAAAAGCAGAACUUUUGUCAUCUUCUAGGUGAGAGUGCUAAGCCUAAUGGAAGCAUUUUUGGCAUACCCCAGAUAAACUUAUGAAAAAUUCUUAUGUUGAAAGGGAGGCACACGUACCCAUUCUGUCAAUUAAUAACAGACCCUCCCUAUGAGGGAAAAUACUCCCUUUUGUACAGACCCCCUGGUAUGUAAGUCCUACAAUUAAUGUUGAAGAAUGUAAAGUCUUCAAAUGGGCUAUAUCUGUAAUCAAAUAAUGAAGAAAGAAAGUAGUUAAAUGAACAUACCAUUCAGGGUCGAAUGCAUUCAGCAAAAAGCAGUAGUGGGUCUUUGAUCAUGGUUAGAUGCAUAGUGAUAUCAAACAGUGGGUUCUCAUGUAACAGCUAAAUGUUUCAGAUUUUGUUUUUAUUAAAUUUGGCAGUUUCACGCUGAGCUCUACUGUAUUCUUAGUGAACAAAAGACAGCUCCUAUGUUAGAAAGUACUCCAUUUUCACAAUUGCAGGGAACUAGGAGGGUAUUUUCAGAAACAUGGGCCACAGAAAUGUACUCCUUUCACAGUGUUCUCCUAUUUCUGAACUGUGCAGUUAUCUAUUAAAUUUUCUAAUAGAUAUUUGUGUAAGGUGUAUGUAUGCUUGUGCAAUUAUGGAAAAAAACAGUUUUGGAAAACAGUGUAUUUAUGAAAAAAAUAAUCACUUAUGGGGCAUGUACAAAACUGUAUAAAAACAUUCAAUUUGCCCAGUAAAGUUGUUUUUGUGAUAUUUCUGUGUUGUUGAAUAAAGGACUUUAGUAUUCAAAAUAUCUCUCUUUUUCCAUAAACAGGUCCUGUUUGUGGGAUCUUAAACAAAGAAAACCUCUUUUAGAAAAGAACCCUCAAAAUGAGUGAGAAGGUCCAAAUGCUGACCUCAGUCUUGCUUAUGGGAAUGAAUGCUUAUGAAGUGAUGGUACAAUACCUACCAAACUAAUUCCUUCUCAAUUGGCAAUUGAUGGAAACCCCAUAAGUUAUACAACUGAAGGUAACAUCAUACUCUGGAAUUUUUUAAAAUAGCAGAAAAAUACUGCCUUUUUUGACUAGGAAUAUUACUUUGAGAUUUUUGAAGAUAUGAAAAGGUUGGUGAAGUAGGAGCAAGACUGAUUACAGAAAGGCCUUAAACCCUUUAGUGCAGACCUGUGUUGUAUAAAAAGAGUGGACUAUUGAGGGUGAUGUGAUAAAUUAGCAGUUAGCUUGGUAGGAAGAAGCAUGCAAAGGUGAAAUCUCAUCUGUAGUUCUUGCAACAAACAAUAGUCCUGAGAAUAGAUCAUCCUGUUGCUGUUGGAGUAUUUGGAAUUAUGAAUAUGGUUUGUGAGAGAAUGCCAAUAUAAUCUUCCUUUUCAUUUUAUUGCUUCUCAGUUCAAAUUUCAGCUCUCUACCUGUCUAGAAAAAUGUACAUAGCUAAGGAAAUGAUUUUCACUUGACAUUUUGUUUCCCCAUACUACUUGCCAACACUGAAGCAAUUUCAGAUAGGUGGGAAAGUUCGUGACAGUGUCGGCAGCACGUCACCUGAUUUUGGUGAAAUUUGGAAUGUCAUUUUUCUGGAAAUAUUCCUUUAAUCAACAGAAAGUCUGCUCUCAGGUGCCCAACCAGAAUUUUUAAAGAGUUUGAAAAAUGAGGUAGGUCCUUUAGUCUGUGAGAUUCCUUCAAUGCCAGCUGAUUUUCCAGGGGGAGCCUUGGUGUAUCCUUUUGUUUUUUAAAGAAAGCAACAAAAGAAAAAGGAACAGAAGUGGAUUUUCCACUGAUCCUGUCUGCUCUUAUCGAAAUCCGUAAGGAUAUAUGUUCUUGGGAGACGUAGACCGCUCAUUAGACAAGAGUGAAUCUUGAGGUCUGUUUGAAGAGGAGGAAAAGGGCUGCCAGGUUGCUCAGGCAUACUCAGUGAUCUCUCUGGAUUAAAUAUAGAAUUCACAGGGAGGAAAAACACUCAUUUCAUGAGACGGUCGAUUUGGAAGCGGGAAGAGGUCUCUGAGUUCCUAUUCCUUUAAUGCUUUCUCUUUCAACAUUUUUUCCCCUCAAGUAUUGUUUUAUACUAGUCUGAAUGAAAAAUGUCCCUCAGCUCUGGAGAAAUACUCGCCCCAGAUAUGAACCUUGCAGUUUCAAACUACCUCUAGUUUUUUAUAGCUGUUGUUUUUUAAUUUAAAAAAGAAACCACAACCAACCUAAAAAAACCUCAAACAACAAGCAGGUAAUUCUUCAAAGUGGAAACUGGCAAACUUAUUACUGAGCCUGUUAAAGGAAGGAAAAUACCCUUUUGUGUGGAGGCUCAAUUCUUCGAGGCUGUGUUGGACUCAAUUUGGUUUUGCCACUAGCCAUUUCAGUGCUCUCAUAUAUUUCCAGGGAACAAGUCUGAAAUUAUGAAUGGUCUAGUGAUACAGGGCAGUGUGUCUUCUGGGAGGCUCUAGUCUUCCCCAGGUUCCCAUGGGCUUUACCAGAUAGCUCAUGAAAUUGGAGGAUAUUAUAUAGGUGACUUAGUUAUAAGUUCAAUCUUACUUCAGUGUAAGGAUCUACUCAGUCAUCAGUGUGCAUUGGGCAUGGAUAGACGGCCCCAAAAUCUGUAAAGGAAAGAAAUACUUCUCAGUAAUAACCGCAGAACAUGCAAUAAAGUGAGACCACUGGAACUAUCCGAGGAAAGAAAGGUGAAGUUCCACAUCAGCAAAGAUGUCAGGAUCUGUUCCCGCUGUAGUGUCAUCUCUGUUUGCCGUUUGGUUUUUAGGAUGGACACGCUCGGCUGGGUCACUGGGUCCUUCAGCAAAGCAGUUCUGCCCAGGGAAGGCAGAAUGAAGGAAACGCGGGUGGCAAAACGUAAUCUUGCAAGACAAGGAUCUAGACUGCCUAAAGUAUUUCCACUGCUCUUCUAAGUUCUGAGACGAAUUAAAGGAUUGUCACAUUAUUAUUAAUUUAAUAAGCAGGAAUAGUUUGUCAUGCUACUGCCCACUCCUGAAAAGGUGUUUUAGGAAUUAGCCUUAAUGAGUUAAUUUUCCAAUAAACUUCAAAGGUACUUCUUAGUCUAAUAUGUCUUCCCCAUAACUGAAGAUGCUGUGACUGUGGGUUCAUUGGCCUGUAUUAGGCCUUGACUUGUAGAGUCAAGGAUCUUUGCUAGAAAAUAAUUCAGCUGAAUUCUGGUAGAAAGAUCUGCAGGUGAUGUGAUGUGAGCCUGGAUUAAUUAUUCAGUGCAGUUGUCCUCAGCUUGGUUUAUGAUGUGUUUAAGCAUCCUACAUUUGAAAAGAAAUGUAGGAUCUUACCUUGCUCCUUGAAGUAUGCUCUCUUUACAGAGGGUUAGUAACACUAACCCUCUGUACUUCUUCAGGAAAGCCCAAAGCAUUAGAAGAAAUCUCUUUUUGGUUAGACAUUUUCCUUUGAAAAGAGAAGGAAGAGCUAGUCCAGGUCAGAAACUCCUGAUGCUUGCCCAAAUCUCCUAAUGGGUCUUCUCUGCAUUGGACGUAGCUUGUGAGCAAAGUCCAUACAUCAGCUUGACUAUCGGACACAACCCUACAGAAUAUCAACACUAAAGCAAACAGGACCCAGUGGGGAACGUUCCCAUUGCCAUCUCCCUGGUACACACAACAAACACAAGUUUAUGCCAGAUGUCCAACACCCCUUCCCCUCCCAGGGGUCAGAUUUGCUGUGCCCAGCAGAGAGGUGAGCCUCCCUAGAUCUGAUGAACCCAUAGCAUGCUGGAGGUUUUUAAGAAGAGAGAAGGUUUAUAUGUCCAGAUAGGGACUAGAAUAUCUCGACCCACAUGUCUCACAUUAGCUUUUGAUUUCUAGCUGUGAGUGUCGGAGGCCUCCAAGCUUUAGGAGAAAGAGCUGGACUGUUGAAUAUACCUAGUCUCUUAUGUGCCUAUAUUUUAAUAGUCAUACCUAGAGAUUGAUAGUGAAUUUUAGCAGCUGACAUGUUGACUGAGAAUGUACUGGUUAAUGCAAAAUUAUGACAAUUGGCUUUCAACCUGUUUUUGGAGAAUUAGUGGGUAAAUAACCUGAUCUAAAGAAACCUGUCACCCACAUUAGGAACUGUGAACUAAUUAUUGCUUUCUGAUACUCUGCUCUUACUUGUUUUGCCUUUUUAUCCUGAUUGUUUGCAUUCCUAGGACUGAUUUGCCUUUCUGAUGCAAUGCCAUGUGAUCUGCUGAUUAAUUUUUGUGAGCAAUCGUAAACUCCAACCUGUGGCUGACUUGGUAUAUUUUUAUGCUACGCUCCAUAAACAUUCAUUCAUUUCUUAUGAUUACUGUGUGGAAACAGACUUUUACAGGCUAAUAAACUUGGAUUUCAACUGGAUAAA